AUGACAGAACUCGAUUCCAGCCUCGGUCAACUCAAUUGGCUGCUCGCUAAAAACAAUCCGAACGAGGCAAUGAAACAGAAGAACAAGACCGAGAAAAUCCUGGGGCCCGACGACAAGCCGAACUGCAGCUACUCGCAGCUCAUCAAAAUGGCUAUCAUGGAAGCACCCGGAAACAAAAUAACCCUCAGCGGAAUCUACCAAUAUAUUGCGAACAAAUUCUCCUACUAUCGUGAAAAUAAAAACCCGUGCUGGAAGAAUUCCGUACGCCAUAACUUGAGCCUCAACAAACAAUUCGUCAAGAUCGAGAGAACGGAGCAUGACACCGGAAAAGGAUCCUAUUGGACAUUUGUGGAAGUCGAGGAAAAUAAGAAUAAGAUGAAAAACACGGACGGAGUAUCGCCGCGCGUUAAUCCGGCCGUGAAGAAGAUGUUCAUGACCCGGGACGGGAGCAGGGAUAGUCAGAAGACCGAGGAAGAAGAUGCCCAGCCUCUACCGGAUCUAAACACGUUCAACCCACCUGACCCAUUGUAUCAUCCGGAGCAAAAUCAGCCUGAAUACGCCAACUAUGGGGUGCCCGGGAUCCAAGUGGACCAUACCAUGGCUGAACUAGGAAUCGAGACGAGCGAGGAGGACGACAUCGCCGGACUGAACCUAUUUGAUACCCAUGACCUAAACUCAUCGUUCAAAGCCGUCUACGACCAAAUAUUCCACAAUCGACGCCCCAGCAACAAUAGGGAACAGGAAGCCCAGAUUGAUUGGCUGAAAAUUUCGCUGGAAACCGUGGGGAUGGACUACCGCGACGAAGAGGAAAUGAGAAACAUUGACACUCAGCGCUUCAUCGAUAUGUUCGCAAAUGAUCCUCUCUACUCUGAAGAAGACCGUAACCCACAAAAUCUUCGAUUCAACCCGACGAGUUACGCUACUCCCAUGCCCGCACCAGUAAUGUAUGGAGGAUAUCAUCCAAAUACGCACCCGCAAGACGACGAAAUCGAGGACGACUUUGACUGGAAUUCCAUCGUCAAU